UUUCAGAAGAAAUAGCUGGAGCGUAGGGCCUUGCAAUCUGACCGGAUUAAACCAUCCUCGAGCUUUUUGAAUACUUCAUCUCUCAAAAGUCAAGCUUAGCCCUACUCUUACUACAAAUCUUCUUACCUUAAGAUUGUGAGGGCAUCUUUGCUCAUCCGGAAAGGCCGGUGAUAUUUUGAUUCCCUCACGCAUCGAUAUGUACGUUGUAGCUUAUGUUCAUCCACUGGUUUGAGUCAUGUAUAUGCUUUACUUUUCGAAGCAAGUCGAGGUCCGUAUAGCUAGAAUGAAAUAACUAUUUCACGUGACUAGCAAGUAGCGACUCGAAGUAGCUUUUAUUUUGUACAUAUUAGUAAAGAAAUAGCACUCCCGUUGUAGGUUAAGGCAAUCUCUUGAUUCAACCUUUUUUCUGGCCAUGGCUAAAAACUCACAUCAUGAACUGACAUGCCCCCAAAUCAAUGUCCUUUUCUUGCUCGAGGGAAUGCACUCGUCUUGGUUUUACCGUUAUAUCUCUCUAAGUAUACAAUGCACCUGCCUUGGUAUGAUUGGCUUAUCAACUUUCAUCAUUUGGAGGAAUUUGUGUCAAAUUGCUUCCAUUUCCUCACCACUUUCCAUACAUCUACUGAGGAUCUUUCGAAAAAGUAGCCGUUUUCACCUUCCAUAUUUGCAUCAGAAUUCUAAAAUGACCAAAUCAUGAGAUGGAUCCGACAAUGUCCAGUCUUAGCAUUAUAUACAUUUGAAGGUCUACGUGGUCCCAUCAGAAUCAGAAUUCGGGUGUGAUUUUCUGGAGACUUUUGGUGUGCAAAAUCUUUUGAGAAUCUCAAAUGUCGAGCUUUAGUAGAUGUGCCGCGUGCAAAUAUCUGAGAAGAAAAUGCCCUCAAGAUUGCAUAUUGGCUCCUUAUUUCCCUUCCUCGAAUCCACAAAGAUUUGCUUGUGUCCAUAAGAUCUUUGGUGCCAGCAACGUCACUAAAAUGCUUCAGCAAGUCCCGGGGCAUUUACGGGCGGAAGCAGCAGAGUGCAUUUCAUAUGAAGCAACAGCCAGGGUUCAAGACCCCGUCUAUGGAUGCGUUGGAAUCAUCACUCAACUGCAACAACAAAUCACGCAGAUUCACAGUGAGAUAAUGAAGAUUAAGGGUGAAAUGGUUGCCCAUCGAUCUGCACACCCACAACACCUCCCAUCACCACAGCCACAAGGUGAACCUUCCUGGUUCAGUUCCACUCAUCGGCAGGAGCAGGACAACUUUCAAUCGGACAAGCAUCUAUCUGGAAACUUCUAAGCUAGUCAAAUCGAUGCGUUCUGUAGUUUCUCUCUAUGCAUCUUC